GAGGAAGUUCUGCUACUGUACAAAAUUCCAGUCGUUUGAUUCCUUACAACAAGAGUAGAUCUAGGACUACUUAAGAUGCCUUCAAGAAUUCACGUUAAGUUUGUUACAGAGCGCAAGAAAUAUUUGGAAGAACAGAUACAAGUUCUGGAACCUGUUUUGGGAAAUAUGAAAAAUGUUGUAGCAAAAAGUAAGGCGUGGCUAGAAGAAAAAACUGACCAAUCAUCUGUCAGCUACAUCGAGCUAUCACAAGAACUGGACACAGCAGCCACGGCCUUGUUGGAUGUGACGUCACAUAUUUUAAACGAGGACAACAUGGAUGUCAACAAACCAACGCCAUCUUUACCACAGCCUGACACACAGACAACAGCAACAUUUCUAACAGGAGAAUCACCAAGACAACUCAAGACACAAGUUCAACAUACAGCGGUUGAAGAACAUCCUGACCUAGAGCGUAGACUCGCCUAUAUUGAAACAACACUAUCUUCACUACAGGACACACAACACAAGUCUACAGAUGACAUAUCAGAAAUAAAACAAUGGAGAGACAACUUUGUAACAGAACAGGGUGACAUGGGGGUAAACAUUGAACAACUGACUAAAAAACAAAUGCAGAAUUUUAAAAACCUUAGAAAACAAAUGAGUGAACAAGAUAACAAAGAAAAGGAGCUGAACAAAGAAAUUGAAAGUUUAAAAGAAAAAGAAUCCAAGUCAAACAAAACACUAGAGAAACUGUCUCAAGAUAUGAAAGAAUAUGAAAACAAAGUGCGCAAAAUAAACAAAGAGAUGCAAGAUAUAAGAGACGGUAUGAAACAAGAAAAUAAAAGCCAUUCUUAUUUAAUUGUUUCUUUACAAGAUGAAAAUAAUAAAAUCCUGGACAAAACUUCAACCCAAUUUGAAAAGUUACAAUCAAAGGUAAAUUUUAAAAUUGCUGUAUUUUUUGUACACAGUUCUAUUCUUACUUGCAAUUCAAUUUACUUCAAAUUGUUAAAAGGGGCAGUUGACUAA